UCUUUCACGUUGGCUUUGAAUCUUUAAACGCUACACUUGCGCAAUCCUUCACCAGUCAAAAUGGUUAGGGAAGACAAGGCAACGUGGAAGUCUAACUACUUCAUGAGGAUCAUUCAAUACAUGGAUGAGUAUCCAAAGAUGUUUCUUGUUGGUGUAGAUAAUGUGGGAUCCAAACAGAUGCAGCAGAUCCGCCAGUCUCUGCGUGGAAGAGCCGAGAUUCUUAUGGGCAAGAACACCAUGAUCAGGAAAGCUAUUCGUGGACACUUGGACAAUAACCCUGCCCUGGAAAAGUUGAUUCCACACAUAAAAGGAAAUGUAGGCUUUGUGUUUACUAAGGAAGAACUUACUGAAAUACGGGAUCUUAUCCUGGCAAACAAGGUGGCUGCCCCAGCUAAGGCUGGUGCAAUUGCUCCCUGUGAUGUGUUUGUUCCAAAGGGUAACACAGGUUUAGGGCCAGAGAAGACUUCGUUUUUCCAGGCAUUGGCCAUUCCAACCAAGAUUGCUAAGGGAACUAUUGAAAUCUUGAAUGAUGUGCAUUUGAUCAAGAAGGAGGAGAAAGUGGGAGCUUCAGAGUCCACUCUGUUGAACAUGUUGAAGAUCUAUCCUUUUUCUUAUGGUCUUGUUAUCCAACAAGUGUAUGAGGGUGGUGCUUGUUUUUCACCUGAUGUGUUGGACAUUACCACUGAAGAUAUUAUGUCUCGUUUUGUUGAGGGUAUUGUGAAUGUUGCAUCAGUAUCCCUGCAAAUUGGUUAUCCAACUGUGGCUUCAGUACCUCAUUCAAUCAUCAAUGGCUUCAAGAAUGUUGCUGCUGUUGCUGUUGAAACUAACAUAACCUUCCCACAAGUUGAACAGCUCAAAGCUUUCCUGGAGAAUCCUGAAGCAUUCGCCGCUCUGGCUCCUGCGGUCAGCUCAGAUGAUGCUGCUGUCGCCGCUGCAGAAGACACCAAGGAGGAGAAGAAGGAGGAAGAAGAGGAAGAGGAGAGUGAUGAUGAUAUGGGAUUUGGACUGUUUGACUAGGCAACAGGAAACCAGCACUCAAUAAAAAAAUGUUUGAAAAUA